AUUCUGAAUUUCAAAACCCUGCAGAAACCAGCAGUCUGGCGCCUUGAACCAAGGGAGCAACUGACUCAUUUUAAUGACGGACCUGCACAUCUGGCUGGCAGCUGUCCCCCUCUGCGUUUCUUACCCUCACCGGCUCUGCCACACGCAGAGAAAGGAGACCUAGCCAUGCAUAGAACCUGUCAAACCCAUUUGGUAAGCCUCCCAGGCCUCAUUACACUCCAGCUGCUGCUUUCUGACAGUUUGACUGUGGCCGCUCUCCCUCCCGCAGCGGUGAUCGCCCAGGUCGGCCUUGACAUCACCGUCCCGUGCACCUUUGACCCCGAUCCCAGUGGGACGUUGGCCCGGACGGUUGUCACCUGGCAGCUGUGGGGUUCGGACAAGGUGGUGCACAGCUACUAUUACGGGCGGGAUCAACUGGCGAAGCAGGAUGCGGCCUACCGGAACCGCACCCAACUCUUCUCCGGUGACCUGCCAGAGGGAAACGCCUCGCUCCGCCUGAGGUCGGUGGGCGUGCAGGACGAGGCCCGGUACUUGUGCAGUGUCAACAAUGAGUUUGGCACCAGCUCUCAUGUCGUGAGGGUGGUGGUCGCAGCUCCGUACAGUGAGCCACAGCUGACCAUCAACCUGCAUAACUGCUCAGACUGCAGCUUUGUCCGUGUGCUGGUGACAGGUGGAUACCCGAAAGCGGAGGUGGGAUGGCUGAACGCUCAGGGGGAUAAUGUCACUGAGGCAACUCAGACAGAGUUCGAGACGGGUCUGGGAGGACUCUACUCUGUUACCAGCCAGCUUCAGAACCCACAGGGAAGUGGGACGAAGUACACAUUCAUCCUGAGGAACCAAUUGUUGGAGCAACAGAUGCUUAGGCACAUGACAAUCGAAGGUCUGUGCCAGGUCGGGUUGGGUUCAGGGCUGGCGAGGGUGCACAUGUGCUAUGGAAUCGUUAUCGCCAUACUGGUCGCGGUGAGCCUCUCACUCGUGCACGCCAUCCAUCGGAACCAGCGGACACGACAGGCGUCGAGUGUGACUUAAGCCACGGUGUCGGGUCCUGUGCCGAGGAGGAGCUCAUUUCCCAGCCGCGCCAACACUCUCAGCCACACUCGUCGCUUACGGACAGCGUCCGCGAGGCCAUCUUUCCUCUUCCUGGUCCCGAACCUGCUGCUGCGAAAGAAACGUCGCCCGGCGGGCGCGGGCGGGCGUUGGACAUCCAGGGGACUCAGCCCCAGUGGAGCUGAAGGGAGGUUCUUGCAGCCCAGUCCUUGCGUUCAACAGCAAAGGCUCAAUUGUCAAAGAUCCAUCCUCCAUACAACAAACGCUACCAGCUGUUUCUGCACAUCCCUCUUGUAUUUGGUGCGGAUUUAACCACUGUCGCUAAAACGCCUUUCCAUAACACCAGAUUUUAAAUGCUGUGCAUUCAAGGAAACCGCCUAAAUUUCUCAGGCUGACUGUCAAACCGGCUCCGUCCUCUCCUGACAGAUCCAAACUGGAAACAGCUGUCUCCGAGAUUCCAUAUUGGAACUAGUUACAGUUUUAACUGUCUCUGUUUGUCAUCCGUUUACUCUGCAGCUGUUUAUUUUUGUAGACUUUUUUUUUUCAACCUGAAUUUUGAACGCCAAAAAUCUUGUAUAAAAAUGCAUUAAACCCCUCCAUCCAA